AUAGUCUAUAUAUAAAUUCAACUUUUUUCUUCUAUAAAAUAAGAUUUAAAUAUUGCAUGGGAAACGCUGGACCAGUCAACUUCCUAUAUAAUAAAAAGCCUAUAAUCGUAUAUAUGUUUCAUAUAGUCUGCCAAACAGCUGAACCGAAUGGCCUGAUAUUUUUUUGAGAGAACCCCGGGGGUAUCUCCGAAGUAACAUAGGCUAAAAUGAAUUAAAACUUUUUAUUCUUGUAAAUUCGAUUUUAAAAAAUUAAACGGGCAACGCCGGUGUGACGUGAAAUUUGGCCUGGGCUUUAAAAAGAAAGUCCGGGGUACUGUAUUUCGACCUGAAAACACAAAUUGAACAAAACCUUUUUUCGAUUCCGAUACUAUGAUAUUGCGAAUUACCGCUACAUAAUUUUUAUAUGUGCAAGGGAUAGAAAUUAAAAUAUCUCUGAUGUACUCAACCGACCACUCUAUUGAUUAAUUGCUAGGGAGGUCUGUUGUGUACAUCUGAGCUAAGCUUUACCUCUUCGUUUUAUUACUCUAUGAUAAACACUGUAUUCGAUGCUCUUCAAUGAUAUUGUAUGAGAGGGUGUAACCGUGUACUAUUGUUAAACAAUGUAAUGAUAUUUCUUCUAGCAGAGACAAUGGCAGGAAAUUCAAAGGAGGAACUAAAGAUGGAGAAUAUUGAGAUUAAAGAAGAGAUUCAGGAAAAUAUCCUUCCCUCCUCUACUGUAGAGGAUACAUGUACUGUUUAUGUAAAGGAAGAAGUCAUAAAGAUGGAAAAUACUGGAAUUCAAGGACAGGAUCAACUUGGAGGAAGUGUUCCUCCGGGAAUAGGGAUAAAGAAGAAGCAGAAACGGUCUGCUGAUGGCUGGAAGAAGCAACAGGCCAGGAUGGCCUUCUUCCACCCCAGCCCCGAGGAAAAAAGAAAAGCUCAACUUGAAGGAAGUGAUCCUCAAGGAAUAGGGAUGAAGAAGAAGCAGAAACGGUCUGCUGAUGGCUGGAAGAAGCAACAGGCCAGGAUGGCCUUCUUCCACCCCAGCCCCGAGGAAGAAAGAAAAGCUCAACUUGAAGGAAGUGUUCCUCAGGGAAUAGGGAUGAAGAAGAAGCAGAAACGGUCCGCUGAUGGAUGGAAGAAGCAACAAGCCAGGAAGGCCUUCUUCCACCCCAGCCCCGAGGGGAAAAAAAGCAGCGAUAAUGCGGGAAUUUACUAAGGCCUAUAUUAAAACCUAUAAUGACGUAUAUAAAAACUAACUAGUAUGAAGCUGUUGUCUCAUGUUCACUGUGUAACUGUCGAGAGUAAGAAAUUCUUCAGACAGCGUGACCACUAAGACUUCCACGUGCAACAUCUACCAUGUGACAGACAGUCAAUGCUGAAUCUGUAAUGACAAAUUUCA